AUGCUCCCUCAACUGCGUUGGCUAUUUAUUCAAGCCCUGGCUCUUCAAGCGACGGCGCUCAGCCUUAAAGGGCCUAAAUUCGCUGUAACGUCAGCAAAGGCUAGCAUUGUUCGGGCAGAAACCAUCGAACUCGAUGGGCCAUUAACCACGGUGACCGUAGGAAAGAGCGAAAACCUAAGGGUAUCUUUUACCGUGUUGGGAGAUGAUGGGAAUCCUGUUCGGCCACAUCAGGCAUUUUUGCGUAUGGUUGAUGAAAAAUCAGGAGAAGAGGGUAUUCAGCCUGUAAAGGUUGGCAAAGACGGUAAAGGAAAGGUCGAAAUCAGUAUCAGCCGGCCACCCGUAUCAUUGCCCCCUACCACAGAAAAUCCCUUGAGCGUCUCUCUGAUUCUGGGCUCAUUUACUCAUACCCCUCGCACCGUCCCACUUUUCAAUUUGCGGCUACCUCCGUCUGCCCCAGUCACCCCCCACGCACAAGAAAAGCAUUAUGCGCCACAGCCACUCAUCGCGCAUAAAUUCAAUCCGGAACCUUCCCAACCACCAAAAGUAGUAUCCGCUACGUUUGCAGCGAUUGCAUUGGCUCCUUGGCUCGUUCUUGCCGGACUUUUAUCCCAAAUCUCGACCCCACUCAAUACCAGCACCAAGGCACUGUCAUACACUGGGCCGUUCCUUUCUCUUCUCUUUGCACUCGAAGGGUUGCUCUUCGUCUACUGGCUCAAGCUUCGAUUAUUCCAAGUUUUGACUUACGGUGUGAUUCUUGCAGUCAUGGCUGCUGGAGCCGGAAAACGUGCUCUGGCUUGGAAGUCGACCGCUACGAAGUAG